GUUCCCCUCAGAGCAGAAGAACCGGAGAACCAGCUGCAGCCAGAUCACUACUGAGCAGCUUUUAAUUUAUUUAACUGUUUUUAUUAUCAUCUCACUUCUCUUAUCUGAUGUCCACAACUCUGAUACAAGUUCAGAAAUAGUGAUUCAGUUACUCCUGAGAACCCCGAGACAAGGGGUCGAACGCUUCGCCAAAUCCCGUUGGGCGAGGAGCACCCGGAACAGAGAGGAGAGCCAUGGAGAGCCUGCACUCCCACUGCAUGAACUGCAUCAAGAGACGGUGCAUGGUGCGCCCUGAGCCGGGGGUGUGCUGCGACCUGAUUGGCUGCCCUCUUGUGUGCGGGGCGGUGUUUCACUCCUGCAAGUUGGAGGAGCACCGGCUGCUGUGCCCGUACGAGCGGCUGCCCUGCAUCAACUGCGGCUUCGGCUGCCCCUUCAGCAUCGCCCGCAUCCGCAUGUCGAAGCACCUGGAGACGUGCCCGGCCAGCAUCGUGUGCUGCACCAUGGAGUGGAACCGCUGGCCGGUCAGCUACGCCGACCAGGAGUCCUACGAGAACCUGAGCCGAGACUUCGACGAGGUGGAGCAGCUGGACAUGGCCCUGGCUCUGCAGGACCAGAGGAUGCUGCUGGAGUCCCUGAAGGUCACCACCACCGUGUCCCGCAACGGGGACAAGGACAGGGACCACAAGAUGUCCACAGCGGCGUCCAGCGUUCCGGAGGCACCGGGGGCCGCCGUGGAGAUGGAGGAGGAGCCGCCAUACAACGGGGGCUUCAGAGCUUCGGUGGAGACCAGCCGGAGUCUGGCCGCUGCGCUGGACAUCCUCACCAACUCCAAGGACAUCGAGGUGAUCGUGGGGGGGUUAAACGGAGAGAAGAAGAACGGGGGGAGCCACGUCUACGCUGCAGAGGGGGGGAAGAACGUGGACAUGAAAGAGGACUCGGACUCAGACUGUGAGCUGGGGGCGGUGGGGGGGGUGGACUGUGCGGUCGGGACGGACGACGGCAUCGGCUGGGUGGAGGAGAGCGACUUUGUGGAGCUGAUUUUCCAGGAGAAGGAGGAGAGCAUCGAGGAGGAGGAGAGCAUCGAUGACUCUCAACUGGUGUGGCCGGCGCUGCCAACAGACUUCCUGCCCGUGGCGCUGCAGGCUCCGGACUUCCUGCCCGUGGCGCUGCAGGCUCCGGACUUCCUGCCCGUGGCGCUGCAGGCUCCAGACUUCCUGCCCGUGGCGCUACUCCCCCCGGCACCCCAGCUCCCCCCGGCUGCAACCCCCAUGCCCUUCCUGCUGUCAGAGCACGUGAUACGGAGCGGCUUCCUGCAGCACCUCCCCUCGGAGCUGCGGUACCGCUGCCUGGAGCGGAAGCUGCAAAGCGUGGAGGUGCUGCGGGGGAUCAGCAUGUUCACCUUCAACGGGCGCCGGGCGCUGCUGUCAGACCCCUACCUGUUCCGCGCCAAAAUGGAGGACAAGUCCGUCGACACGUCGGACCUGGAGGUGGCGGACGACCCGAUGGGGCUGCACGGCAUCGACCUGAUCACGGCGGCGCUGCUCUUCUGCCUGGGCGACUCCCCCGGGGGGCGGGGCAUCUCCGACAGCCGCUUCGUGGACGGGUACCACAUCGACUUCGGCACGCAGACCUUCUCCUUCCCCUCCGCCAUCCUGGCCACCAGCACCAUGGUGGGGGACGUGGCGUCGGCCUCGGCCUGCGACCACGCCAGCCCCCAGCUGUCCAACCCCAGCCCCUUCCACACCCUCAGGCUGGACCUGGUGCUGGAGUGCGUGGCCCGAUACCAGACCAAGCAGCGCUCCAUGUUCACCUUCGUGUGCGGGCAGCUGUUCCGGCGGGACGAGUUCUCCUCGCACUUCAAGAACGUGCACGGGGACAUCCACGCCGGGCUGAACGGCUGGAUGGAGCAGCGCUGCCCCCUGGCGUACUACGGCUGCACCUACAGCCAGCGCCGCUUCUGCCCCUCGGUGCAGGGCUUCCGGAUCGUGCACGACCGGCACCUGGGCUCCUUCGGGGUGCAGCCCGGCUACCCGCGGGGCCGCCGGCGGGGCGGGGCUCAGGGGGACCAGCUAAGCGGCCUGCCCUUUGAGGUGCUGCAGCACGUGGCUUCCUUCCUGGACUCCUUCAGCCUGUGCCAGCUGUCCCGGGUGUCGCGCACCAUGAGGGAGGUGUGCGGCAGCCUGCUGCAGAUGAGGGGUAUGGUGGUGCUGCUGUGGGACAAGAUCCGGAGACCGGAUGGGUCCUCGUCGUGGCAGAUCACCGACAAGGUGUGGCGCUUCAGCACGGCGUUCGGCACGGUGAACGAGUGGAAGUUCGCCAACAUCGCCAGCAUGGCGGACCACCUGAAGAAGUGCAGGUUCAACCAGGUCUCCCGGCGCGAGGAGGCCGUCCCGCUGCCCUGCAUGUGCUUCACCCGGGAGCUCACCAGGGAGGGCCGGUGCCUCAGGUCGGUGCUCAAACCUGUGGCGUGAGGACUCAGAACCCCCUCCCCCCCUGGUGUUUACAGACUGACCCUCCUCUCUGAGGCAGCAGCAGACCCUCCUCUCUGAGGCAGCAGCAGACCCUCCUCUCUGAGGCAGCAGCAGACCCUCCUCUGAGGGGUUCCUGAACCCCUUUUUAUUUGUAUAUCUCAGAGGAACCGCCUUACUGCCUGCUCUCCUGUCAGUCUCUUUUCUCUGGAGGCUUCCUGCUCUUGGAGGGAGCUCUCACAGAUGUGCGGCUUUAUCUCUACCAGUUUAAAUAAUAAUUAAAUUCCCCAAUCUGGAGACCUGACAUCCCCUCGGACUCUGAGACUCUGGGAUGCACAUUUUAAAAUAUUCUGACAUCUGUCAGCAACAGUCCUCAUUCAUUAAAGUAAAGGCCUUAACAGACUAUUAUGGUCUGUCGGCUACAGAAGCGCAUUAGGGCCACAUGUUAACAAAAUGAUUAAAAUUGGACCAAAAGUGAAGUUUUUCAGAAAAAGUCUGAAUCAUUUUUGCUCCGAAUUCAGAUUUCUUUGGUCAGUCAAAAAAGACUUUUGGUCCAAUUUGUUUUUGUAUCUUCUUCUUAAUCAACGCCUAAUAUACAAAAAUAGUCAUUCAAACGGUCUGCCUACAGGGUUUAUUCUGGCUCUUCUGACAACUUCUGGAAUAAAUAGCUUUACUGAAUUAUUUUCCCACUCGAACACUAUGCUAAGCUACAGCUAACUAGCCGCAGGUAGCUUUACCGGGUCGUUCUCUCCAGAGAUGAAUGUCAGUGAGUGUCGGACCUCAUUAACCCUGCAGGACAGGGACACAUACACACUCAGUAGCUAUGUUCUCACACUCUAUUUACCAUGUUGUUGUUGUUGUCGUCGUUGCUGUCUCAGGGGUGCAGCAGGAGGAGAGCUGCUCAGUAUUAGACUAACAGCAGGGGGUAAAUCACCUGGUUUGAUAUCAUUCUGCAUACAGAGUCUACAGUGACUUCCUGUGAGGAACGCUGAGGUUCUGCAGAAGAGAAACUGACUGAAGAAGAAGAAGAAGAAAUAAUGUUUGAUGUUUUUAUAUUUUUUGGAGUUUGGUUUGUUUUACAUUGUUUUGUACCGGUACUUUCCCUGUGUGAUGAGAUCAUGGGUUUGCACAUGAAGGCACGUACUGUAAGACGUUAUUAUUUGUGAAGUAGCGGGACGGUUUCUCCCUCGAGUUUCUGCAUGAGUUUGGUUUCCUCAGUUUUACAGUUUUCUCUCUCAGGCACGUGAAGCACAUUUUCAUAUUAACGCUAAUGUUUUUUUAAAUCACAUUUUCCUCCUCUUCACGCUUGGAGCAUCGAAGCACUCUGGUCCUCCGAGGUUUUUAUGAAAGAGAACCAGCUCGGUUUUUUAAUAAUGCAGACUUUGUAUAAAACAGAUAUUUGUAAUUUAAUAAAGACUCAGUUUUUAAACGUG